AUGAGAAUAUUUAUAAUGAAUAUAUUUCUAAUUUGGAUAUAUACCUUAUUACCUUGUGUUAACAGUUAAUGUAAUGAAAUAACAGAUCAAAAAUAGUGUAAUGAAAAUGAAAAAUGUGAAUGGGAUUAUUGGUCAAUUUCAAAAUGUCAAAACAUAUGCAAUCAAUUAAAUACUGAAAAUGAAUGCAACUUUUCAGCAAAUUGUAAGUGGGGAGCUAGUUCUUCCUCAUGUUUAAUCAGAAAAUGCACAGAAGAAUUGCAAUAGGAAAAAUGUUGUCAAAUUGUAUUUACUACAAUAAAUUAGGUUGCUUGUUCUUGGAGGAAUAACGAAUGUUGGGACUCAUCAUGUGUUACAUUGUAAGCUAAAGAGGCUGGUAAAUGCGCUAAUUCGUAUUGCAAUUGGGAUGAGAAACGAAAGCUUUGUUAUGAUAAAAAAUGCUCAGACUAUUAUAAUUAAAUUGAUUGUGAUCAAAUAUCUUUUUGUAGUUGGUAUAAAUACAAAUGCAUAGACAAUGAUAAUGACAAGAUUGAUUAUCAAAAAGGUGAAGAAUAAUGUUGA